UUGUAUUGUCAACACGAUACAUUGAAUUUAAUGCCAUAGAUUUAUGACGAUUCACUUGUGGCAUUUCAUUACUGCUAUGCUGUGUCCAUCCUUAUGUGGCAGGCUUUAAGUGUGGCUUGCGUUGCGCACCUGUUUUCACAUUCCAUGCAAUCGCUCGUCACCACAUUCCCGAUUGCAUAUAAAUGCGGUAAUAGAGAUUUCACAUCAAUCUAUGAAUUAUACAUAAACGUGGAAAGCGCAUACUUCUUUUGUAGUUGAGGUCAGAUUAUUCGAAAUUGCUCCGCGGGUUCCAAUCUGAUCUUCUGAUGGUAGCGGCCACCCACUGAAUACGAACCUUGAAGAAAGUUUUACUCUCGCACUGUGAGUGUCAUUUCUCUUGCUAAUGAGUCGUUUGGCAAUGGUCCUGGCCCAGCGUAAUUAGGGGGUCAUUACACUCACUGCUGAAUGAGAAUAGGCUUGGAGCCUACGUGCUUUGGGCUCCUCAUUAUGCUAACACGUCGUAAGGACCGACUGGGAGUGUGAAUGGGUAGGCUACUUAAAAGUUCGAACAAACCGGGGGGAGGAGAAACGGGGAACAGGGCUCAAAUUUCGGUCGACACAAAACUGAAGCUCCUUUGUCAGAUACGAGAAUGAAUGUAUAACUACAGUUACUUACACAGCGCACCUGGCGUUCUGGAGCACUUCAGGUUGGAAACGAUAAAAUACAGAGGAUUAUUAAAUUACAGUUUAACCAUAGGUUAUCAACUGUCCAAGCAAACAACGGGAUAUUUUACAGCAAUGGCCGCAGGACGUCUUGCACGGAUAGUUUCACUCCUUUUGUGUGUCAUGGUUUUAUUAAUGACGGCGCAAAGUCGUGCGCUUCGGGGCCAGCGGUCCAAAUCUGUCAUUGAUAACAGAGGUUCACGGAUUAAUACACACCGGCGAUCUCGUCGUGGAAGCGCAGAGUCUGACUUGGAGCAAUGCACCAUGCUCACAGCACCGUGGAAUGAGGCCACCGGGCCAGUAAACAUCCAGGAACAGUUGUAUCGCAUCAGGAUACUUUCCAUGUCGGAAGACAGCGCGCUGCGGACUAUCUUUCCUGAGCAACCGCUUUUCCGCUUUAUUAGACGGGUAUAUCGGUGUUGUCAGAUGGGAUACCACUGUGGAAGUGUGAAGGGAAUUCAAGGCCAACUAUAUCAUGGUACAGAUCUAGAGUUCAUUCUCAGCCAGGACGUUUUGUCUGUUACUGUCAUUCGAGCUGAGAUGCACCUCAUCCUCUCAAAUCCUCAACACCUGAAAGUGGAGCCAGUCAUAUUCUACCUGGACAAACGCAAGCUCCCCACCAGGUACCACGCAUGGUCUUGUGACGGAUCUGAGGAGAUAAAGCUGGACCUCCUCUUCUUCUUCCAGACACUGCAGCAGGCAGUAGGAGGAGCACAGGGAGGUCCCAGCCUGAUACACAUGCGCCAGGUGGGGGGCCUGACCAGGCCAGGGGCCACAGCGGAGCCCCAGGCAAGGGCCCAGGCACUGCAGGAUACAGAGGGCACAGCAUGGGGGAGAGGAAAGGCUGGCAGCCCCCUGCCUGAGGCCAUGGAACUAGGAUUUGCUCUGCAUUGCAGGAGCAGUGGAGAAGCUGUGCCAUGCGAGACUAAUGGAGUGAGAUUGCAACACACCCCCUUUAUCACUCUCUCGUACAGAUAGGGAUGAAUAAGGUGGAAAAGGCUGUAUCAUGUGGGGCUAAGUACUCUGAAUACUGACAAAGAUACACACACAUACACAAACACAAAGACGCUACGGUUGAAGUGCAACAGAUAAGUACCUAACCUCCGAAAUCCUGUGGACAACUCUCCUUUCACUCCACUAACAACUGGGGUGAAUGGCCUUUGAAUGUCCCACCAUUAUCUGGCUUAACACUUCAAUCUAAAUGCCAUCUUUUGUCUCCCAGCCCACUGGUGGUCAGCCGCAUAAAGUUUACUUGGACCUCAAGUGCCCAUUUUAAUGGGGGUAUUUUGCACUUCUCCAAAAGUUGAAUAUAUUAACUUAUAUUGGUGUUGUUUUGUAAGAAAAGAUGUUGUCACACUAAACACUGUAUAUAAGCACAUAGUUUAUAUGAACAUUUCUUUUUACCUAAAUUUCUCUCGGGAUUAAUUAAGUAUCCAUCUAUCUAUCUAUCUAUCUUAACAUAACAGUGUGGUUACAUCUUAGGACGUUUAAGGCUGCAAAGCAUGCAGUUAUGUACAUUUGUAAAUAAACUAUUAUUUCAUUGAA